AUGUUACGAACAGCAAUUUCAAGAUCUUUCCAUCAUUUUGGCUGUAAGGUACUGACACCUGCUGCUCGUUUGGCAGGUGUGCCAUCUAGAGCACUAUCCACCAGAUCAUUAUUGCAACAGAACCAUCUUCAAAUACCCAAGAAAUCUCUUUAUUUAUCCAAUGUUCAUCAGCGAUUCAUGACGACAGCUGUCAAACCUGCUGCUACUACUGCUGCUACUACUGCUGCCACCAAAGUAACAAAGCCUGCUGUUGCUUAUUGGCUCUAUUUCAAUGCUGGUAUGGUGUUUGCUAUUGUUGUCGUUGGUGGAUUAACCAGAUUGACUGAAAGUGGAUUGUCAAUUACCGAGUGGAACGUUAUUUCUGGUAUGAAGCCACCCAGAUCAGAACUGGAAUGGGAGGAGGAAUUUGAGAAAUACAAGCAGUUUCCAGAGUAUAAAAUCUUGAAUCGACACAUGACAUUGGAAGAGUUUAAAAACAUCUUUUACUGGGAAUGGUCUCAUCGUAUGAUCGGUCGAUUCAUCGGUGCCUCCUUCAUUCUGCCGGGCCUCUAUUUCGCCUCCAAGGGACACAUGUCAAAGAGAGUUGCCAAGCAGACAUUCGGUAUCACUUGUUUACUCGGUUUCCAAGGCUUCAUGGGAUGGUAUAUGGUGAAAUCAGGUCUCUCUGAAGCAUUGAUGAAGGAGCCUGGAGCUGUUCCUCGUGUCAGUCAAUACCGUCUGACAGCACAUUUAGCCACUGCUAUCGCUAUAUAUGCUAGCACUAUCUUUGUGGCUGCCGAUAUCGUGCGUCAAAACAAGAUUGUCAAUGGAAAGUAUCCCGCCAACACAGCCUCCAUGUUGAAUAACCCCAUUCUGAAGCGAUUCCGCAUUGCUACGCAUAGUUUGGGUGCUUUGAUGAUGAUCACUGUGAUGUCGGGUGGUUUGGUGGCUGGUUUAGACGCUGGUUUGAUCUAUAAUGAAUUCCCAUUCAUGGGUGAAGGUAUCGUACCUCCUACUGACGAGCUAUGGUCUGAUCGCUAUGUCAAGCCCACUGACAAUGGUAAAUGGCGCAACUUGUUGGAAAACCCUACUACUGUGCAAUUUGAUCAUCGUACGCUUGCUGAGACUACUGCCACACUCACUACUGCCCUGUGGUUGUACUCGAGAAGAUUGCCCUUACCCAAGAAUGUCAAGAUGGCAGUGAAUACCAUGAUGGGUGCUGUUGUUGUGCAAGUGACCUUGGGUAUCUCUACUCUGAUUUACAUGGUUCCUAUUGAGUUGGCUGCUGCUCAUCAAGCAGGUGCUCUUGCAUUAUUAACUUCUAAUUUCUGGUUGAUUCACGCUUUGCGUCGUGUUCCUCUCUGA